AUGAGUUUGGAAGAUACUUUGGCGAAUAUGUCGCUUUACGACGCCAAGAAGUACUUCCGGCGGGCUCAGAACGUGGUGUUUAACUACACUGAGAUGGAGGCAAAAGUACGUGAGGCUACGAAUAACGAGCCAUGGGGGGCUUCGACUACAUUGAUGGAGCAGAUUUCGCAAGGAACUUACAAUAUGAGGGAGCGCGAGGAGAUCCUUGGGAUGAUCUUUAGAAGAUUCACUGAGAAGAGAGGAAGCGAAUGGAGACAAAUCUACAAGGCAUUGCAGUUGCUGGACUAUCUGAUCAGGCACGGGUCGGAACGUUUCAUCGAUGACACGAGAAGCAGCAUCAGUCUGGUCAGGAUGUUGGAAUCGUUCCAUUACAUCGACUCGCAGGGCAGAGACCAGGGCGUAAACGUGCGGAACAGGGCCAAGGCACUGGCCGAGUUGCUGAGCGACGAUGAGAAGAUCCGCAGCGAGCGGAAGAAGGCGCGAGAGACCGCUAAGAAGUACAAAGGUGUGGCCGGGGGCUCGGUGACCGGAAACGAGAAUCUCAACCCUCGGGCAGGCUUCAACUCCACGAGGGUUCAUGGCAUCAGCAUAAGCGCUGAGAGCGACGACGAGGAGGAGGAGUUUACUUCUGUGGGUCAGCAGACGAAGCAUUCGUCUUCUAACUCUGUUGACCUCCUUGGAUCCGAUGAUUCGAAAGCGGCACCGCUUAAGAACAAUUCGAACGAAGACGGCGAUGAUGAGGAAUUUACUGAUUUCCAGAGUGCUGCUCCCAGCGCUCAGGCAAUCACUGGUUCGCAGAACGGUCAUUCGCAGAAACUUCCCGCUGUGUCUGCACCUCCCACUAUCGUCGCUGCCAUUGCAGCCGAUUCCAAGAAAUCCGAUCCUUUCAGCUCUUUGUUCUCGAGCGCUAUGAAAGCGUCAGAAUCCGCCAGUCGUGUGCCUGCAUUCAAUGCUGCUAAGACUUCUCAGAAGCGCAAUGUCGCUGAGAGCAAGAACGACCAUGACGAUGAUGAUGACGAUAAUUCAUUCGGCGAGAUGAUGGGAGCUGGGGCUGCAGAGCAGCAUGAAGACGCUCAAGCGAAGGCCGGCGAGGUUGACCUUCUAAGCUUUUAA